GUGUUGAGAUGUCUAUUUUCGUUGUUCAUAUUAUACAGGAGUGAAGUAGAGUGGGAAAACACACAAGAAACUAGCGACAGCGAAUAUAGUGAGGGCAGCGAGUACACGUUUCCAUGUCUGUAAGUUUUUGGCACUGUCUGGUUUAAAAUCUCCUGACUUCCUUUACUUCUGUUUACGGUGUGCAUCCCUAAAGCGUACAUUUAAGGUGUUUUACGUCAUUUGUAGUGCAGAAACCCUUCACAGUUCAUGUUUUUACGCGAGUAGGCGAUGGAAGGGAGUUUACGUCGGCAAUAGACGGUCAUAGACCGGCCGCUCACUAUAUUUACAGCUAAAACAACAUGAUGUGAUAUAAACUCAACAUAUUAACGUCUGUACUGGAUAAGCAUAUUUCGGCAAUGCACGGGAAUGACAGGACACACAACAGUCAUGAAUACGACAUUUUGCUUUUAGGGCUUUGGAAGAGCUUGAUCCUGUAGUCAUCAUGCUGCAACAGGAAAUAGAGUCAAAGAAACUCGAACGGAACCAUAUAUUCUACAGAUGUUUGAAGAAUGCUCUUGAAUUCGCACAGAAGUCAUCAAAUCCUCGUGAACAGUUUCAACAUGAUGGGACAAUUAAUACAUACAUGGAAACUCUGGAAUUUCACGGGAAACCAAAAACCAUGAAUUUAUUAAGGGGACCAGGGCACAGAAACCAAGGGCGUGGUGGGACAUUCCAGUUCAACUGGAAGGACUGGAACUUGCCCUUUAUACCUUCAAAGACCACAAGGGAUAAGAACAAGGCAGGCUACACCACCCGCAAUGGAAUCAUUAAAAGCCUUCUGAUUGCCUACCUCCUUCUUGCCCAACUUGAAGAUAGUGAGGUACAACCCCUUUUACAGAGUUCCAGUCUGCUCCUGAUACCUGCAGCGCUAGCUACUGAUGGUAUGAGCCUCAAACCUGGUUUGCAAUUUGAUCGGCGAUUGAAAGAACUUGUUGGACUACUGUUUCCUGUAACUUUAGCCUUUGCUAAAGAAAAUCCUUUGCCCGAUCCAAGUUUUCUUCGUGAUUCUUUCGUCGUCGAGGCGAAUGCUUUAGUUGUGACAGCACUUGACAAUAAGCUUUCUUUACCUGUUGGGAAUGACUACACCUCCAAGAAAACCAAUGGGGACGCGGUAAAGAAACGAAUAGAAACGCGUGUGAAACAGCUUCAAAUCUGCUUGCACUGCCUCCUGGGAGUUUCAACCGAAACUUGCAUGAAUGUCAUUGUUUCAUCAGGAGACGCUUGCAGUAGCUACUGUCAAGGUAGGAAAUAGAGCUAGGAAUCCUCAUUUGACAGUUAAACGCCAAAUCAUAUCGUAUACCUCCCAUUUUAAACGCCUCUUUCUUCGGAAAUUUCUUAUGUAACCUGAUUAAUACCAAAGAUCUUUAGAAAGUAGCAACCACAUAACUAGAAUCGAUAAAAGGAAAAGUGUUCACUCAAGUGGGCAGGAUCGACCUGUGUAUGAAAGAUUAAAAAAGCGACCUUGUUCGAUCUUGUGAUACAUGGUGGGGGACGUGCAUAAUAAUAUCUUUAAAGAAAGUCUAUGCACCUGCAAGGCUUCUAGCUAUUGCCGACAAAGUUUUAUACUUUCUGAACAUAAAAUAUCUUGUUUAUUAUUCAGAUUGCGCUUCAAACAACAGUAUCUGUCAAACUUGCCAAAGUAAUGGCCAGAAAUUUGUUGAAGAACCACUGCGAGCGUGUACUCGUUGCAUCAACUCCGGUAUCCAAUGUGUGAAAUUGUUGGUCUUAGCCUGGUCGGCGGAUUGCGAAGAAAACAACAAACAGGCUAUGCUUAAGCUGAUACAGGAAAAGACAGGUGGAACAUUCCCUCCAAAACUUCACUUUCUUCUUCCAAUUCCAGAGGCAACCCACGUGGCCAAAUGCUUAAAGGGCAGCUUUUCCAACUGGUUCCUGAACAAAGGCGGAGAACGAUUCAACCUUUCGAACCUAAGAACAUUGUACAAUGACCCCAACCCAGCGAUGCGAGAGAAGAUGAGAAGCGUUGUCACCUUGAGUGCAGUGCGAAAUCGAGACCGCAUGUCGGUCCCCGACCUGCUAACCAUCAACAAAGAGUCGGUGCGUGUGCUAUUGGCCAGUGUGCCACGCAUCACACAAACUCUCAUCCCCGAACCCUACCGUUUGUACAAAGGAAACGCGAGAGGUGUUGUCGACCAUCCAACCGGUCUUUGUAUAGCACCUGAAGGGAAGCUAUUUGUAGCCGACAACAGCAAAUCUCGGGUAUUCCAAGGUAGAUUGCACUACCCUGUUGACGUCAGUGAAGUAAGUGGCAGUUUGAUGAAUCCACAAGGUCUCGCCUACCUAAACAACGUCCUUUACGUCGCAGACAUGGGCAAUAAAAGAGUCGCAUAUCUUCCGCUAAGCUCCUCCGUAUUUCUUAAGCCCAACAGUAUGAAGGUUUCGGAGUUGAGACCAGCUCUAGAGGAAAGACAAAUUCCCACGGCUGGUCUUCAAAAGAAGGAUAUGGUUGCUCGCCUAAAAGAGUGGAUGACAAAGGCACAGCGAGAAAAUAAAGUUGACUGCACCAAAUUUUCUUCUCUUCCACUGAACACUGCACGUUCGACCCCACUUUCCACUCCCCUUGCUGUUUGUGGCUUUGGCACUGACCUGUUGUUUAUUUCGGAUUUGCACACGCAUCGAGUACUUCAAGUUUCUAUCACCAACAACGGAGCAGUCUUGAAAGGAAGUGUCAUCUCUGAGAUCCUUCUUAAAGACUCUGCUUUACCAUUAGGAAUUUCCGUUGCAACGGGAAAUCUUCUUGUGGCAGACUCAAGCGACGAGGGAGGAUUGCUACGCAUUGACCUUUCGACUAAUGCAGAGACAGUUUUAGUUUCAAACAAGUCGAGCAGCUGCCAGCGCAUUCACGGAAUCGCAGUUGAUGAGAACGGAGACUUGAUAUUCACGGACAGAGAUGCCCGAAAAUUGCGCUUGCUGUCCAACGGCACUGUGAAAGACAUUGCUGGUUCGGGAGUUAAUUCAUCUAAAGAUGGUUCAUCAAGUUCUUGCUCCUUUGAACAGCCCACAGCUGUUUGUAUUGAAGGGAAAACAAUCUACGUUGCUGAUACUGCUGUUGGACGCGUCUGCAUGGUGACCCCUACUUCAGCACUUUCACUCUACCUGGAACAAACUGAUACUGUUUGUAAAACGUUCGGUAUUCAUUUGCCUGGAAUCUCUCCGAACAUUUACAGUAUCUCUCAAGCCAUAGCUGCCUUCCGUGACGUAUCAUCACUCUUAAGCACCUGGGAGAGAGAGACAGCAGAAUCUCUUUGUCGAGCAUCUACCGUGCAAGGUCCCCAAGGUACACCCUCUUCAAAGAGCAUUCAGAGCGUCAAAGUCAUACUGGAAUCCCUUGGAAUACUGAAGGAAAGCCUGAGCUAUAUCAAUGCCGACUUCAUUUCUCAUGUGCGACUUGCAUCUUUACUAACACUUGUCGUGGAGCACCUUUUCAGUAAGAUGCGAUCGAGAAACCCUACACCGACGCUUCUUGAAUAUGCACAGCUCUUUGGUCCAACGAUGAAAGAGAACGUCAAGCAGUUGACCAAAUGCGGCUUUCAUUACUUCACUGCCUCCUCAUCAUUCUAUGAGCUCCCUGACGGUGGCAGUCUCCACUUUACUGAUGUUCCAGUCAUCCCGCAACUCCCGACAAAAUCCAUGCCCAUUGGAGAUCAGAAGGUUCUUCGUGACUGGCGUGACAAUUACGGCCAACCAGUUGCACAAGUGACCGUAAGAAAUCAAUCCACUAAGGACAACGUUGGAACUCUUCCACUUUACUCCUAUACCAGGCCGCAGCCCAUACCGCAACCACUGUCAUUCUCUUUCCCCACUGAGACCUCGUCCUCAAGGCAAGGCAGCUUGCACUCCAAUGUCUCCAAUGCUGAAUUGUUAUUUUCUUCGCAAACCGUUCUGGCCAUAAAACCAGGCCUUGUCGGCCUUACUGAAAGGACACUUAUUUCCACACCUUUUUAUCUUGGAGUUGCAGCUGAAGAUAUCUACCAAGACCAGCAUAGAGCUUAUUUGCCAAAGAUCAAUAUUUUUUAUCCCUCCGAACAAAACAUCUACCUUUUUGAAAGAAAUGAUCAAGUCGAUUUACCCAAGGAAGCUGUGGGAUUGGUACUUGAUGCCUUGACACCAGCGGCUAGCGAAGAAAUAAUACUGCCAGAAGAAAUUUACGAAGGAGUUGUCAGUGUUUUUAGAGAGACAAGGGAUCUGUGCACUGAAGGUGAUGAAAGCAUAACAGAUUCUGUUGCAGAUGAAGCAGACUUCUCCGACGAUGAGCUAAACAGUGUGGUCUGUGUUGACUCUGUGACCCUGCCAACCAUCUCCACGUCUCGAGUCGGAAGAAAUAUCCGUCCACCGACCAGACUGGACUUGUAA